CUGUCUCUUCACCACCUCUCCUCCCUCUUCACCACCCCUCCACCACGCAGACAAUGCAGUCCGUACUCGCGCCGGACAGGCUCGGGGCCUUCGACUUCCCCGUCUCCUCCCCCGCCCUCAAUGGCUUCUGCCGCGACCCCGAAGGCUGGGGCCCCGUCUCCGAGGACUACGACUUCACGCCCUGCUUCGCCGAGGGCACCCUCGUAGACCUCGUCGCCCUCUUCGUCAUCGUCCUCGGCUCUAUCCAGAUCUCUGCUCUGUUCAAAGUCAAGCCCAUCCCGACCCGCAAGAACUGGCACUACUGGACCAAGCUUGCCCUUGUUGCUCUCAACGCCCUCACCGUCCUGGGCACCGCCCGCCAGAUGGUCGACAUCUACGACGACGCCCUCCUCGACGUCCGUCUGUAUGCUGCCGUCUUGAGCUUCUUUGGUUACCUCGUUGCUCUCUACCUCCAUCAUCUUGAGCACAACCGCAUGCGCUACGCAAACGGCGUCUUGCUCUUCUUCUGGCUCUUUGUCGUCCUCGCGGAUGGUAUCAGGCUCGUCAGCUUCGUCAACCGCGAAGCUCACAUCUUGUAUCCGCAAUUCAUCACUGCCUUUGGUUUCUCCUUCAUCCUCUCCAUCAUCACUUUUGUCCUCGAGGCGUUCGUGCCAAAGGCAAAGUCCAGCUACGAAGUCCUCGCCCAGGAAGGUGACGAGUCGCCUCUCGACCGUGCCAACCUCUUCUCGCGUCUUACCUUUGAAUGGAUGACCCCGAUGAUGAAACUCGGAUACGAGACCUAUCUCACCGAAGAAGACCUCCCCGGCCUCGCCAAAGGUGAUAAGACCGCCGAGUGCCGUGUCAGCUUCGAGCGCUACUGGGACCGUCAGAAAGCGUCAAAGAACCCGUCGAUGGUCCGCGCUCUUAUCCGCGCAUUCGGGUCCUCGUACUUUAUCGCCAUGCUCUUCAAGAUGGCCACCGACAUUCUCGCAUUCUCGCAGCCGCGCCUGCUCAGACGCCUUAUUCUCUUCAUCAACUCCUACAACGAGGGAACCCCCGACCCCUUCACCAGCGGCGUCGUCAUUGCUCUCUCGUUCUUUUUCGUCUCCAUCGCCCAGACCGCUUGCCAGCACCAGCACUUCCAGCGCACUAUGGUCGCCGGCAUGCGCGUCAAGUCCGCGCUCGUGUCCACAAUCUACCGCAAGGCCGUCGUGCUCUCUGGCGAGGCCAAGACCGCAAAGUCGACCGGUGAUAUCGUCAACCUGAUGUCGGUCGACGCCCAGCGUCUCCAGGAUAUCACCCAGAACGGUAUGGUGCUCUGGUCCGGCCCGUUCCAGAUCUUCCUCUGCCUGUACUCGCUCUACGGACUCCUCGGAUCGAGCAUGUGGGCCGGCGUCUUUGUCAUGGUUGUCAUGAUCCCCACCAACGGAUUCAUCGCCAAGAAGCAGCGCGCCCUGCAAAAGUCCCAGAUGAAGACCAAGGACCAGCGUACCCGUCUCACUACCGAGAUCCUGACAAACAUAAAGUCCGUCAAGCUUUACGGCUGGGAGGCGCCCUACAUGGAGAAGCUCCGCCACGUCCGAAACGAUCUCGAGCUCCAGAACUUGAGAAUCAUGGGCAUCUACUCUGCCGUCUCCUCCUUCCUCUGGGCCUGCGCUCCGUUCUUGGUCUCCUGCUCGACCUUUGGUCUCUUUGUCUUUACCUCCGGCAUCCCUCUCUCCACCGACAUCGUCUUCCCCGCGCUCUCGCUCUUCAACCUGCUCACUUUCCCGCUCGCCAUGUUUCCCCAGGCCAUCACGAACCUGGUCGAGUCAUCUGUGUCUGCAAACAGACUCCAGGAGUUCCUGCUCUCGCCCGAGCUCCAGGACGACGCCGUCGAGCGCAAGGAGGCUGUUACUGAAAUCGGCAAGGAGACCGUCGUCGUCCGCAACGGUACUUUCCUCUGGGACGAGAGCAAGAAGAACGCGCCCGCGCUCAAAAACAUCAACUUUAUCGCGCGCAAGGGCGAGCUCGCUUGUGUCGUCGGCCGCGUCGGAUCCGGAAAGUCGGGUUUCAUGCAGGCCAUCCUCGGUGAACUCUACAAAGAGCAUGGCUCUGUUACUGUCAGCGGCCGCGUUGCCUACGCGAGCCAGUCUUCGUGGAUCAUGAACGCGACCGUGAAGGAGAACAUCACUUUUGGCUCGCGCUUCCAGGCUGACUUUUACGAAAAGACAAUCAAGGCCUGUGCUUUGGUUGAGGAUUUCCUGGCCCUUCCCGACGGCGACGAGACGAUCGUCGGCGAGAAGGGAAUCUCGCUCUCGGGCGGACAAAAGGCGCGUCUGUCGCUCGCCCGUGCUGUCUAUGCCCGCGCUGAUAUCUACGUGCUCGAUGACCCGCUCUCGGCUGUCGACCAGCACGUCGGCCGACACCUGAUUGACAACGUGCUCGGCGCUGACGGUUUGCUGGCGACCAAGACACGUAUCCUGGCGACGAACGCCAUCACUGUCCUGUCGCAGGCAUCAAACAUCUCGAUGAUCCGCAGCGGCGAGAUUGUUGAGCAGGGAACGUACGACGAGGUCAUGAACAAAAAGGCCGAGAUCUACAACCUGAUCAAGGAGUACGGAAAGAAGGCUGCCGGACCGAGCGAAGAGGAGAGCGAGGGAAGCCUCGCGUCGCCUCCUAACGAGGAGUCCGCCGUCGACGACUCGGCCGAGGUCUCGGACGAGGAAGCGGCUCUGAAGCGCCCUGCCGACCGACGCGCUAGUAUCAGCACUCUCAGACGUGCUUCGACCGCCAGUCUGACGAGACCAAAGUUGAUUGACGAGGAGGGUCAGAAGAGAUCGCGGCAGUCGAAGGAGCAUCUCGAGCAGGGCCAGGUCAAGUGGACUGUGUACAAGGAGUACGCCAAGGCUGCGAACUUGUACGGUGUCAUUUUGUUUAUGGUUCUUUUGAUUGCCUCGCAGGGCAUCUCUGUUUUGGGCAACAUUUGGCUUGAGCACUGGUCUGAGGUCAACACCGAGAGCGACAGCAACCCCCAUAUUGGCAUGUACCUCGGCGUUUACCUCUUCUUUGGAAUCUUUGCGUCGUCGCUCACGGUCUGCCACACGCUCGUUUUGUUUAUCUUCUGCACGAUCCAGGCCGCGCGCACGCUGCACAACCGCAUGGCGGAGUGCGUUAUCCGGUCGCCGAUGUCGUUCUUCGACACGACGCCGAUCGGCCGCAUCAUCAACCGGUUUACGACCGACAUCUACCGAAUCGACGAAGUGCUCACGCGCGUGUUUUCAAUGUUUUUCAACAACACCAUCCGCGUCGGCUUCACGCUUCUCGUCAUCUCCACCACGACACCCGCGUUCCUGUUCCUCGUCAUCCCGCUCACGCUGCUGUAUCUCUACUACCAGCGCUUCUACCUGCGCACCUCGCGCGAGCUCAAGCGUCUCGACUCUGUCUCGCGCAGUCCGAUCUACGCCCACUUCCAAGAGUCGCUCAGCGGCCUGUCCACGAUCCGCGCGUUCCGCCAGAUCGAGCGGUUCGAGAACGUGAACGAGACCCACGUGGACUAUAACCUGCGCGCGUACUUCCCGUCGAUCAGCGCCAACCGCUGGCUGUCUGUGCGUCUCGAGUUUAUUGGCUCGGUGAUUAUCUUUGCCAGCGCGGGGCUUUCGAUUAUUUCGGUGUCGUCGGGCACGGUGCGCGCGGGUCUUGUCGGUCUUGCGAUGAGUUACGCGCUGCAGAUCACGCAGAGUUUGUCGUGGAUCGUGCGGAUGACGGUCGAGGUUGAGGUUAACACGGUCUCGGUCGAGCGCGUGCUCGAGUACUCGCAACUGCCGAGCGAGGCGCCGAUGGUGAUCAAGGGCCACCGACCGCCUGCGUCGUGGCCGACCUCGGGCGAGCUCGUGUUUGACCACUACUCCACGCGGUACCGCGAGGGCCUCGACCUCGUGCUGAAGGACAUCAACCUGCACAUCAACCCGAAGGAGAAAGUCGGCAUCGUCGGCCGCACGGGCGCGGGCAAGUCGUCGCUCACGCUGUCGCUGUUCCGCAUGAUCGAGGCCGCCGAGGGCCAUAUCGACAUCGACAACCUCAACACGUCGACGAUCGGCCUGUCGGAUCUGCGACACCGGCUCGCGAUUAUUCCGCAGGAUUCGCAGGCGUUCGAGGGCACGAUCAGGGAUAACUUGGACCCGUCGCACGCGCACGACGAUACGGAGCUGUGGGAGGUGCUUGAGCUGUCGCAUUUGAAGGAGCAUGUCUCGCGAAUGGACGGCGGGCUUGACGCGCGCGUGGCGGAAGCCGGUUCGAAUCUGUCUGUCGGCCAGCGACAGCUGAUGUCCCUUGCGCGCGCACUACUCACGCCCUCCAAGAUCCUCGUCCUCGACGAAGCCACCGCGGCCGUCGACGUCGAAACCGACCAACUUCUGCAAGAAACGAUCCGCAAAGAAUUCAAAGACCGCACGAUCCUCACGAUCGCGCACCGGCUCAACACGAUCAUCGACAGCGACAAGAUCGUGGUGCUGAGCGCGGGCAAAGUCGCCGAGUUUGACUCGCCCGAGAAGUUGCUGGCGGACAAGACUUCGAUGUUUUAUUCGCUUUGUAAGCAGGGUGGGCUUGUGCGUGAGGGAGGCGAGACGGUGGAUGGGGGAGCGUUCGUGUCGCCUUUGGGGGAGGAUAAGUUGGAUAAGGAGUAGGAGUAGGAGUCAAAAUGAAAGAGUAGUGAAAGACGAAAAUUUUAUGAAAGUGAAAGAUUUUGCAUUGUUUGUCGUGGUGUGGUUUUUUGCUUUUUAUAUAUAGUUUGCUGAACUAAAUCAUCAAGAAGAUAAUGCUGUAUUGCCAAAUUAAGAAUAAGUUUUGAUUAAAACAAGG